AUGACGUGGCAUCGGCAACGGCAAAUGCCUCUUCGAUACAGCAAGGAUGAGAUCAAGAGGUGGAAGGAGGUUUUCAAAGCCGCCGAUAUCAACAACAACCACAAGAUCAGUACGGAUGAACUUAUCGAGGGUGCUAAGAAGAAUGGGUUUGAAAUGAGUGAUGAGGAGGCAGCGGAAUUUAUCAAAGAAUUUGACAACAAUGCCAAUGGAACAAUCGAAUUUAGCGAGUUUCUCAAGGUUCUGGGCGAGAGAACCGAACAUUAA